AAUGAUAAAGUCAGUUAUUUCUAAUAAGGAGAACUAAUUUCAUCGUAUACACUAAUAAAGAGCUACAAGAAAAAUUGUAAAGAAUUGAAAUUAUUACAGAUAAACAAAAUUGGGAAAUCAACACUUAAUCAAUCGCCCAUUAGAAAACGAGUUGAAAAUAUAGCUUAAUAAAAUUUAGAAGCACUAAGUUCCUAUCAAACAUUAUUUGAUAAUUAAUAAAGAAUUGAUUUAUGUAAGAAUUUUAAUUAUCAAAGUGAAGCAACAUCAUAGUAAAAUAAAUUUUAAUGAAUAAGAGAUAGUAGGUUGGGAUGAUGAAAAUUAAACUUUUGAGAAACCAUAGAAAUUAACAACAGAUUAGAGUGUUUAGACAAGUAUUAGUUAAGAGAAAACAAGAAAAUCAUAUUCAUAAUAAACUUAGAGAAUUAAGACAAUACCAAGAAUGAUAGAAGUAAGAUAAAAAACUUCAAAAACUCCACUCAGAACUACUAAAAUAACAAGUCCUAUUAUUGAAUAUCCAACAAUGCAAAAAUUUAAAUUGUUUUUUGAUAAGAAUAUUUAUAAAUAAGGGAUUCCUUAAUUAAUUAUAUGUGAUAGAUCUAUGAAUGCUAUUGAUGGAUUGAAUUGUAUUAGUUUCAAUAAUUUUACAUCAAAGUAAAUGAAUCAUAGAAGAAAUCAAAGUUUGUGUGUUGGAAAUAAAAUCAAUAGAGUAGAAAUUAUUAAAGAUAUUACUCAUAAUCAAUGA